AUGAAGUAUAAAGGUACAGACUACUACGCUGCGUACAGAGGUUUUAAAAUAGAAAAUGAAGCAGCAAAGUAUAAGAUGAGCUUCACGUCAUUCAGUCGUGGGAAUGUUGAUAACUGGUUUAGUGUUCACAACGGCAAGAAGUUUACAACCAUUGACUCUGAUAACGAUGAGUGGUCAGGUGGAAACUGUGCUGUAGACAGGAGAGGUGGUUGGUGGUAUGGUGAUUGUUACGGUAAUAACGUCAACGGUGAAUGGGCGAAUCGUGUUGAAAAUAAAGGAAUUCAUUGGGCUAGCAUUACAGGUUGGUCUAACUCUCUCGACUUUGUUGAGAUGAAACUUUGUCAAAUGUAA